UUUUUUUUUUUUUUUUUUUUUUUUUUUUUUUUUUGGUUUUCUUAAUUCCGAGUACUCUUAUGUGCGCGGAGUUAUAACCUUUUUUACAAUCUCUCGACUGUCUCCACCAGUUUCUCGUCUCUCAUCUUACUCUUUGCAUUUACUUUUGAAAACAGAAACGAGAAAUGACAGGUCGCCGAAUAGUACGACAAAAUUUCCCGCUUUCUUCUCCGACAAUGUCCGGACCUAAUGUGCAAAAUUAUCGCGAUAUUAAGAUCAUCAGAUUCGUUGACGAUGAUGUAUCAACCGGAGACGAAGCGGUAUUUGAUUUCUUCGCGGAAGUUGGUAUCACUUAGGGUGUAAACUUUGAAGGAAUUGUAAUUGUCAUAUAUUAAUCAAGACAAGUUGCUGCUUCAAGCGAUUGUCACGGUCGUCAUUUGUCGUCACCUUUUGAUCCUCGUCGCGCCUAGAACACGUACUAGGCUCUUCGUCAGGAAGCUUUGCGCGCGCACAAUAUUGUGUGCACAUACACAUACAUACGUACGUGUCUCACGUAUAUGUGCAGGCGCGGAGUCUUUUCUGGAUGUAGGUGUAGACGGUUGAUAGGUGCACAGACGAGGGGGAGCGAGAGAGAGGAAAGGGGAGGGUAUAACGCGUUCACAGAGAGUCGAGAUCCGACGACUGGCUGGCUGUUGGCUGGCUGGUUGAUAAACGGAGUGAUUGAACGCCGAGCGGUGGCUAACGAGCGCAGGUGACUGACUUGAAGAGACGACGCUAUUCUCUCGUGCGAUCUCCCUUGUGCUAGUAAACUCUCGGGAUAUUGUACAUUGGUGCGUUCCAUCCAUUCGUCUGUCCGUCCGUUUGUCUGUUCUCCGUUCGUCCGUCCAUCUGUCCGUCCGUUCGUCCGUCCGUCGGUCUGUCUGUCUGUCUGUCUGUUCGUUCGUUCAUCCAUUUGUUCGCUCGUCAGUCGCGUGUGCGCGCGUGCAGUACAACGGAUUGUUGUACAUUCGCUCGUGUGUUAAAAGAAAAGAAGAGUGAAAGAGCGCGCGCUGGACGAAAAACUUUGGACGACGCUUCGGAACCGCAAAGGACGCCGUUCGUAAAAAAAAAACGACACGGUCUCAUCGUGCGCUCGCUCGCGCGCACACACAUACAUAGACACACAUCUACACACGCGCGUACGUGUGUGUGCGCGCGCGCGCGCGCGUUAUAUCGUGGACCCCCCUGUAACUCAGACGUCUCGUCGGAGGUUUGUUGGUUAUGGGAGCGAAAGCGGACGCAAGUGCGGAAUUCGCAGCGCCAUUUUGAAAAAUUCGGCCCCGCUAAAAAUUCCCUCCCUCCCGCAUCCUCGUACGCCUAUUCUUCGGGAGGUAGAGAGCGCACGGUUGGAACGCUCUGCCUUCUUCUGGUCUUGUGUGGAUCUGCUGAUUAUUAUCAGUGAUAUCGUCAAUUGUUUAGAUUGACUGCGCUGCGGUCCGCGGUGGACUCAUGGAAGGCACGUUGGAAGAGUCUGCGGCUAAGGACUCUUCGCGGAAUAGUCCUGAUAAGCACUUGAAAGAUAUGAUUAUUCCAAAUGGUGUCAACGGAAACCAUAGUGCUGAUAAUGAUGAGUAUAUGGAUAUCAGUGAUACAAGUAUGAAUAUGUCCAGAGAGAUGGUCACAGAAGAGGAAGAAGGAGAAGAUGGAGAUGAAGAUGAGGAUGAAGAUGAUAAUGAAGACGAUAAUGAAGACGAUAAUGAAGACGAUAAUGAAGACGAUCAUCAAAGCACAGGCGAGAGUCAAGAAGGAAAGAAUGAAGAUAGUGAACAGAAUAAAACAAUAGAUAAUAAUAGUAAGGAUGGUGAAACGUCCGAGAUAAAAAAUGAGUUUCAAGUAUCCAAAUCAUUGGAUGGUGUCAGUGAGACAAACAAUUCUAGUGAAGUGUCUAAAACUGAAUCUGAGUGUAAAAAUACACUUUGUGAAGCUAUGGAAGUAGAUGAACAGAGUAAUAACUCUGAUGUAGAGUGUCUCGACGAAAGCAUAACAGAAAUACAAUUGGAUAAUGACGAUGUGUUUAUUUCUAAAAAGAGUAUCGAAAAGGACAGAAACAAUGACGCGUCAAACUGUCUGUGUUGCGACAGUCCAGGUGUUGAUCAUAACAUGGAAAAGUCAGAUGUCAAACUUUGCGAAGAAAACGGAAGCUGUGACAGUCCAGAUAUCGAGGAAAUAACCGAUGGUGCAAAAAGCAACAGCCACAAUUCAUCGCCAGAACGUAGUAAGGACUCUGCAAAACAGAGGAAGCCACGAAAACAGAUAGAUCUUAGUAAUAUUACACCGAGAAGAAGUUCGCGCAAUAUUAAAAGAACAAGUUAUAUAGAGAAAGAGUUGGAAGAAGAAGUGGACGAUGAUGGAUCUGACAUAGAGGAGAUCAAACCGGAAGAUCCCUUGGCUGGUGUAGACAGUAAGGAUAAAGAAAAUUCCAAAUUAAAAUCACCACCCAAAAAUAGUAAAACAACAAUCGUUGUCAAUGAUACUAAACGUCUGGUGGAGAUUGCUGCUGGAAGCAAGUCUGUUAAAGGAGGCAAAAAGGAACCUACAUUAGUUAUAAUAGAUACAAAUUCUAUUCUUUCAGGGCGAGGUGGCGUCCCUGUUAGUAACAGUAAACCUCAUCAUUCUGUCUCCUCCAAUUCCAGCCCAUUCUCAGUUGUCCCUGUAGGUGUGACAACACAGACGAUGUACCCCAAUAUGAGGACAACCAUCACGCCAGUACCCAUGACAUCAAAAACGGCACAAUUGAGUCCGAAAACUAGUAGUAUGACAACGGUUACGCCGACAGUACCGCCAAUUUUACCGACACUGACCGAUGAUAUGUUUGUUGUUGAAGCACCAUCCUUUAUAGUACCUUAUGUAUACGAAAAACCACCUCUACAUCCAUUAAAAGACUUUGUCGCCAAAUUACUGAAAAGUCUUGAGGAAAAAGAAAAAGAGGAUAAGGUAAAAAGAACUACUGAUGAAAAGGAUAAUGAAGAAAAUAAAGACGAUUUGUUGGAUACAACUAAAAAAAGCAGUGAAAAGUUGGAAGACAGUGAAAGUGAGGGGAGAAGUAGCAAGAAAAUCGAAGAUGGAGAUAGAGUCGGUGAUACUUCGAUAGAAUUAAUUGAACAUGGAUAUAAUAGUAUAAGUGACAAGCAAGAGCUAAGGCAAGAUGACAGAAAUAAGAUCCCGACAUACUUCGAUCUGCCAUUGGGAAAGUUUUUCAUGCAAAUCGGAAUGAAUCUUGUUCAAGAAUAUGUACAAACUGAUCUCUUACGGACUCAAAAGCGUAAGCAAGGCAAAGGUAGCACAUCAGCCGAGACUCAAUUAGCUAUAAAUUCACUUAUCAAGAAUCUAGAAUUUAGUAAAGAAAAUAAUGAACCAUUCCAUUUAGAGAUGAAGAAAUGUGAGUUCUGUAGUUUUAAAACAGAAUCGACAUUAGUCAUGCAGCAUCAUCUAGAAACUCCACAUAUGCGCAAUUAUGUUUACAAAUGUAACUUUUGUCCAAUGGAAGUUCGCAGUCCUCACGAUAUUCUUUAUCACAUGGAAGCGGAGCAUAAUACUCGUGGUAGAUUGGAACGCGGUCCAGCUUUCCAUCAGUGUCCAAACUGUCCGUUUGAGGACAAUCAGAAGGGCAAAUUGACACGGCACAUUCUCGCUUGCACGAAAAAAUUCAGACCGGAAAGAAACUUGGAGCCUGCUGUAGAUUGGGAACCACCGGCCAAAAUACCGAGAUUAAAUCGUGCGCGACCCGUCGGUCCGACUAAUCCAAAUGCGCUCGCUGCAAUGGCAAUGAGCGCUAAAACUGGCCCACAACCGUUGCUACCAAAAUUACUGCCGGCACCGAUCACUGGUCGUGGAAGAGGACGACCGCCGAGAUAUCCCGACAUGAAAACGUUGCGACCAGGUGCUACUCCAAUGCGACAAGACAAUGUUGCAGGAAUGAUGUAUCGUCCUUCAGCUUCUGGUUUAUUGGUACCGACACCAUACCAAUUCGGAAACCAAAUAUUCCAGAAUACUACAGCCACUCCCAAAAAUCCCACGGCAAAAUUAUUAAGUCAGCCGAGUAUAUCGAUUACUCCAUUACCACGUACAACAUCACAAACUUCCGUUCCGGGAUCAGGUACUUCUUCAAAGUCCGGAGGGAAAAAUACGUUUGUUAUAUGUGAAAUUUGUGAUGGAUAUAUUAAGGAUCUGGAGCAAUUACGAAAUCAUAUGCAGUGGAUCCAUAAAGUAAAAAUACAUCCAAAGAUGAUUUACAACAGACCUCCUUUGAACUGCCAGAAAUGCCAAUUCCGAUUUUUCACAGAUCAGGGAUUGGAAAGACAUCUAUUAGGAUCUCACGGACUUGUUACGUCUAGUAUGCAAGAAGCAGCAAAUAAAGGGAAAGAUGCAGGUCGUUGUCCCGCUUGCGGCAGGGUGUAUCAAUGGAAAUUAUUAAACCAUGUCGCACGAGAUCAUGGAAUGACUUUAAAACCAGCACAUCUAUCCUAUAAGUGUACAGUUUGCACUGCCACAUUCGGAAUGUACAAGCAGUUCGAGAAUCACGUAUACUCAGCGCAUAGUGUUGUAGCAAAGAGAAUAGAUAAGAAGAACGCGCCUGCGUCUCCGUCGUCAAGAUCGAACGAUUCGCUUUUGAAACCGUUGAAAAUUAACGACGAGAUCACAAUUAUUCCGCAACCGGCAAAACCCACAACCAGGUCCGGCGCGACUCAAAGCAGGGGAAAAUAGCAAUGAUGAGCUUGAGUGAUAUUUGUGUCUUGUCCGAUCAAAUUUCGCAUAACUUUUUGUGGUACGCCAUGCCGAUCGCCGGAAUACGGCGAUCAAUGUGCCGUGUACAUGUGUAUGUAUCAUGCGUAAGAAGUGAAUUUACGACACAUAAAAAAAAAAAGAAAAAAAAAACAAAAGAAAAAUGAAAAAUCAACCACUCUCUUCAACGGCAGAAAAUCUAGUUGACUGCGCAAUAUAAUAUUCCAUCACUGAGUAUACCGAUAUAUAUUUAUUUAAGAAUUUUUAUUGUUAUUAUCGGACCUACAUAAAAUAGACUAUAAAAAUAUUAAAGGGUGGCCUUCAGUCUGACUCCUUGGUUUAACUCCUAGAGCUGCAUAUUCCUGACCUAUAAACGCCUAUGUGUAACGCGUGGACUUUCUCUCUCUCUCUCUCUCUCUUUCUCUCUCUCUCUCGCGUGAAAUACUGUGUAAUUUCUAUUCGAUGUGACGACGCGUUCGCGACACGUUAUGUGCAGUGCAGAUCACACUCUUGCAUAGCGAAUUCUCUAUAAAUGUGUGUGUAAAUUCUUUUUCUAAGAUAAAUAUAUUCGAAUUUAUUCUAUUUUGUUAUUAAACGACUUCGCGACGGUGAAAAAGAUUUUGGAUUGUUCUCAAUCUCUUCGAUUUGAGAGCGUAUAAUAAAAAAAAAAAAAAACGUCAGAUAUAUUUGCGAAGCGAUUUUUGAAUGAUAUACGAUGCGAUAAGUUGUGCUAAUUGACCAGAGUGCCCUCGAUUGUGUCACGAAUUCAGAGUAUGCAGGUACUAAACAAGAGCUAUGUAUCUAGCUACCGUUGUGUGGUUUUAUUCGGCUCGAAUACAUACUGUAUAAUCGGACAUAUACUUUUUACUUUGCCAUCAUAUAAAUUUUUUUUUUUUUUUUUUUUUAAAUUAACAUUUAGUGAAAUUAUCAUCUUAUUUAUAUAAUAUUUCAUUAUAUUUCCACUGUGUGUGUACGAUUCAUGCGCUGUAACAUAAAUUUUUUGGUUUUUUAAUGAUCGAAAUUUCUAAAUUCUAUUGUACCUAUAUAUAUAUAUAUAUAUAUAUAUAUAUACCGAUGUAUAAGUUUGGAAUCUUUUUAGUUGAGGUAUACUGUUAAUAAAAAACAAAACUAUCCAGUUUUAUUUUCUGCGCUCUUAUAAGGACUACAAAAGUGUACAUUAACAUAGGACAUAAUAUAAAGAAAUAUAUCAAUAAAAUAGGAUGGCACACA